AUUUUCAUCUCCAAAACGUGUUUUUUCUUGAAUAAAAUCUUGUUUUUUCUACAAAAGUCAACAGAUAUUCUCCUAUUUUCUGUGAAAAACCUAUAAAUAUUCCUAAUCAGUCGUAUUUUUAUAUGAUUUCAGUAAAUAUAAUACCUUAAGGGGUAUUUAUUUACUGUAUUGAAUGUAGACAUUAUAAACAGAAGGGUUUUCAUCAUUGAUUGAAGAGCAGAGACAAUGGCGCCUGUGAAAUUCGGAUUAUUUAAAGGACGCAGCAAAGACCAUCAAGAGAAACCAUCGACUGAGAAUCUGCUGCAAGACAACAACAGCAAUUACGAUGUGUCGGGCUCCCCCGUGCCAUCUACAAGCAAGGGAUUGCAGGAGGAACUCUUGCCUGCGAGCAUUUCAAUGCUUACUAUUGACAGUGAUGAUGAUGACAUUCCCAGCGAGAAAAACUCACCAAUCAGACGAGGUAGUGUUGGUUCCAGGAUGGAUCCACAGGUUAACUACGAGCUGUUACAAAGCCAGUCAUCUAUAGGCGAUGUUAGUACCAGCCUAAAUGAGUACGACGGUGAGCAGUACGAGAUGGAGGAACUGCAGCAUGUCGAUGUGGACGCUGACAGCACCACCUAUGACGCUAACUCCUCGGAACUCGAUAUAACAUCGAUCACAGCGAGUAAUCUUUCCAUAUAUUGCGCUUCGGUGAAAAAAGCAAAGAAAGCUAAGCUGAAGGAAGAACAGAAACUUCGAGAUAUCGAUAUGUGGAAGGCCAGCAACUUUGAAGUCAUGCAGAACCUUCUCAGCAGGAGUGGAACAUCAGAUGAGCAGAUAAAGUGGGAGGCGAUCGCGACCGCUCGCGGUCUUUGUACACUCAACGACACAUGCACGUGCAGCGACUGCAAGAUGCCCCGGUACCUCGUCAGCUUCAACGACGGCGACGCGGGAAUGGCGGCCACGCCACUCCUGAACGCUAUCGCCGACUGUACACUGCAGUGAAUUGUGAACUGCACUGUACAGAAGCGCUUUUGUACCGCACUGUACAUUGUGGGAAUAAUUCAUUGAAAAAUUCACUAAUACUGCACUAUACAAUUAACUAUUUUGUUGUUAUGUUUGUUGUUUUUAUUUCUGAAAUAUCGCCUUUCGUGUCCAGUAUAUGAAAAUAUUACUCUUGCUUACGAUGUUCGUCUAAAUCAGGGGUUCCCAACCAGUUUAUGGUCGCCAAUAUUAUAUAAUAUUUGGCAGCGACUAAUAUGUAAAAAAGUGUAAGACAUUAAAAAUGGUAAUGGUCGAUAUUAGCAUUGCAAAAAUUAUACAAAUUCUAUCGUUGUCGAUACAUAUGCUUUCAUGCAAAUAUUUAGUGCUGGGCCCUCAGACUCAUGACUCGCUCAAUUUAAAAUUAGCGAAUCACAUUCUGACGCGGACCACUGGUUGGGAACCGGUCUAUACAAAACCCCUUAUUAGUAUUGUCAAAGAAUAAAAAUGUAUCAAAGACUAUUCCUAUACGUAGAAAGGACAACGUGUGUAAAUAAAUUGGGAGGCAGAGAAAUAACUAUAUUCAGUCACUAAGGCGGUCUGUUUAGAUUUAAUGUGAGACUUCUACAGGGGAAAUUGAAUGUUAAACAUCUGUGAGUGUGGCGUAUACCACAGAGGGGAAGAUGAUAGUGUGUAAAGAUUAUCUUAAAAGAAACGACUGAUUGUUAAGAAAGAAUUGCUAAUGUAAGUUACAAGCAAAGCGGGUAUAGUAACGUAGAAAAGGAAGUAAUUAAAAUAACUAAAACCGGAUCGUUUUAUCUAGAACAUUCGAGGGGAAUAUAUAAAAUGAAUGACGUCACUCGUCAAAUUCAGUAAUUCAGUCAUAAAUCAUAAAGACAUGUUUAAAAAGUACCCUCUUAUCGGUCGCGUAAAAAUAUGCUUGUUUAGGAUUAUUCCCAACCGUCACCCCGCUCUGCACCCACGUGGGAACAGAUGAUAAUAAAAAGUUUCAUCCGUCCCACCUUUUGCGACGAGAAGCCGGUUAGAACUUAUCUUAUUUCAUAACGGUUCCAUCUGUCAUCUUAUUGGUGAUAAGAGGACUAAAAGGUGGGACGGAUGAAACUUUUUAUUCUCACGUGGGGACAGAGCAGGGUGAUGGUUGGGAAUAAUCCCAUGUUUUUAGGUUGUGUGGAUCAUCAGGUUUUAAACCGAAAAACGAGUAGACAUCCAUAUUUAUUGUUAACCCUGAACUUUAUACCUUCGUUAUAA